AUGUUAACAAAAGAUGCUCUACAUGGUCUAACUAAAAUAGAAGCUAAUGAAGAACUUCUUGAAUAUGGAAUAUAUUCGUUCAUUCGAAAAGAACUCAAUUUACAGACAUUUAUUCAUGCACCAUCGGAUCAAAUAUUUCGAAGGUCUCAAUAUACUGAUGAUGAAGAUAAAGUAGACAAUGAUCGUAGUUUAUGGAUUGUGAUGAAUGGCUGUGAAAUGUCGAUACAUGAAGAAGAUAUAAAACCUAAUGAAAAUAGUUCAUCUUUGUUGAUAUCACGUUGUUCAACAGAAUGGCAACCGCAAUAUAUUGAUUAA